AAUGAGGCCGUCUCCGUCAUCAUCCUCCAGACUUGGGAAUACAGUCCUGAAUAAAUAAAUAUAAAUAAACAUUCCUUUACACAGGGUCCAGUCCAUUCAGAUAUCCCGAAAAGUAGAGUCACGCAAAUCUACCCAACCCAACCCCGUUGGAGUUGAGAAAGAACACGUUCACAACAACAACAGCUAAUACAAGUAGAUCAAUGAAUUCACAACCUACCUAAACCCAACCCCAAACAAAAACUAUGUGACUUGUACUUGCAUGCUCCGGAUUACGCAAACGCAGCCUUUUCGCUUUAAUUCGCUUCCGUCUUGUCUUCACCUCCAAAAUACUCUCUAGCUAUUCUCUACCCUAUAGGCUCUCACUGCCAUCCUCAUUUAAUGCAGCCGCUGCUGGAGUCAGGGAGGAGAAUGGAGGAGGAACCAUCAAAUCUCCCAGUUUCGUUAUGGGGCCGGGUUUCUGCCUUUGGGGCGAGGGCUAGGGAAGCAUACAAAAGAAAGCCAAUCUCACAUUGGAUUCUUCUUGUUCUAAGCAGUGCGGCAAUGCUCGUAGCGUUCCCUGCAUCAAGCCUUCUGUCUCGUGUCUAUUAUGCCAAUGGUGGCACUAGCAAGUGGAUCAUUUCAUGGGUGGCAGUUGCAGGGUGGCCUCUGACUGCUUUGAUCUUGUUCCCUACAUACUUGGUCUGCAAAACCUCUCCUACUCCCCUCACUUUAAAACUUACUUUUUCUUAUAUUGUGCUUGGUCUCUUAAGUGCUGCUGACAACCUCAUGUAUGCUUAUGCAUAUGCUUACCUCCCAGCAUCUACUGCUUCUCUUCUCGCAUCAUCAUCUCUAGUAUUUUCUGCAUUGUUUGGAUAUCUACUUGUGAAGAACAAGCUAAACGCCGCAAUAGUAAAUGCUGUUGUUGUCAUUACUGCUGCUAUGACCAUCAUUGCUUUGGAUUCAGAUUCAGACAGAUAUGGAAAUGUCACUGAUAAGCAAUACAUUUGGGGUUUUAUAUGGGAUAUUUUAGGGUCUGCUCUCCACGGACUCAUAUUUGCUCUUUCGGAGCUAGUUUUCGUGAAGCUGGUUGGUAGAAGGUCCUUCCAUGUUGUGUUGGAGCAGCAAGUGAUGGUCUCUUUCUUUGCGUUUGUAUUUACCACGACUGGAGUAAUUGUGAACAACGAUUUUCAGGGAAUGAAAUAUGAGGCCAGAAGUUUCAAGGGUGGUAAAUCUUCUUAUUACCUUGUUCUCAUUUGGAGCACCAUCAGUUUCCAGUUGGGGGUAUUAGGGAGUGUUGCUGUGCUUUUUUUGUCGUCCACUGUUCUUGCGGGUGUCCUGAAUGCAAUAAGGGUACCCCUCACAAGCAUUGCAGCGGUCAUUUUGUUAAAAGACCCAAUGAGCGGCUUGAAGAUCCUCUCUCUGGUCGUCACAUUUUGGGGCUUUGGCUGCUACAUCUAUGGCAGUUCCUCUUCAAGUAAAGAUUCCUCGUGAUAUUUUCUUGUCUGCUCUCUCUUUGUUUUCAAUCUUUUGGGGUUAUGCGUUUCGUUUAUCAUAUCUUAUUAUUAUACUGGAGCUCUUCGUUGUCAAGACAUUUUUCUUCCCCAAGAUAUCAAGAUGUAUUAUAAGCAAGAUAUAUGUAAUAUUUGUUCUAUUUCAAAGGAAA